AGUAUUAUUCUAUUCGUCUGCGAUAAAAGUUGCGAGUAAAUGUUGGGUCUACGUCUCUAGAUAGUUAGAUUCAUUUUUUUUGUUUUUUUUUUUUAAUUCCGUGGUCUCCUAGUGAAUGCUGGCAGUUUUCUAGCUCGUUUUCUGCGGUCGCUGUGUGGUUUAUAUGUCGGUACGUCAGUUAAACGUCGUUGGUCGGUUCAGUCAGCUUUCGUUCUGGAAAAAUUCUGUUAUGAUACCGGAAUCGUUGCGGGGAAAAGGCAGAGAAAAGUAAAAAAAAAUUAAUCAACACUAAAAACAAAUAUAAAAUGAUAUGCCGGAUUAAGUGAAAAUGUAUGAUUUGGAAUGAUGUUUAAUUAAAAUUAUUUGCUCAGCACACUUUGCUUUAGUCAUUAACCCUUGCCACAGAGUUCAUGAACAGUUUAACAAAGAUGCAUGUACAUAAGUAUGUUUGUGUGUGCGUUUUGAGAAUUAUAAAAUCAAAAAAACUGUGUUGGCUUUAAUAUUAGAAUUUUUUUUUUACUAAAGUGUUAAUAAACUGUUGAACAUAAUGCUGCUAAAAGCCCAUCUAUCAAGUUUUUAACGAAAAUUCUGCCAAAAACAAAAGUACGAGUACAUAAAUAUUCACUACAGCCGUGUGCACAUAAUUUAUGGAUAACGGUCUAAAAGAUCGCCGUCAUACCGCCAAAGUGACUUCGUUGCAUUUAUAUAACAUUGCUAUCGGGUUGUAGAUUGCGUACAACGAAAGCGUAAAAUAAUAGCAAAAAUUCCACAAGAGAAAAUUUAAAAAAAUUUUGAAGUAACAAUUGUUGCUUACGACAAUAGUGUUAAUCAAAAAUUGCAAAAGCAAAGUUGUAGCCACAAACGGUGCGUUCUAACAAAAACAUCGCUAAAACAAGCACGUGCAUUGCAACAAUAACAACAAUAUCGCAGCAAAAAAUUCUUCCUCAUAGGUGUCGCGCUGAUCGGCCCCGGCCUAAGGGGCCAUGACGCGUUGGCCCUUUCAUUAUUUAUUAUUGCUCUCGGUGGCAGUAUUCUGUGUACCGGGUGUCAUAGCUUUGCGCGACGAACAAAAUAGGACCAUACUCAAUGUUGGCUAUCUAACAGCCAUUACCGGUGAGCUAAUGGACAAGCAGGGUCUGGCCAUUUCAGGUGCACUCACAAUGGCUUUAGAUGAGAUCAACGACGAUGUCAACUUGCUGCCAAAUGUCAAGUUGCAGUUGCGCUGGAAUGACACCAAAGGUGACACGGUGACUGCUACCAAAGCCAUAACCGAGAUGAUAUGUGACGGCAUUGUGACGAUAUUCGGUCCGGAGGGUCAUUGCUAUGUGGAGGCUAUUGUAUCGCAAAGUCGUAACAUUCCAAUGAUAUCAUAUAAAUGUGCUGAAUACAGAGCAUCCGCCAUACCGACAUUUGCGCGCACAGAGCCGCCAGACACGCAGGUAAUUAAGUCUGUAAUUUCGCUAUUGCGUUACUAUGGCUGGAAGAAAUUCUCCAUUCUGCAUGAUGAACUGUGGACUACCGUCGCUGAUUUGCUCAAAGAACAGGCCACCAAGAGGAAUAUGACAAUAAACCAUAAAGAGUCGUUUCUUACGAAUAUGCCAAAAUGCUGUGCAUUAGGAUUGCCAUGCUGUCGUACGAGUUUUUGGUAUCAGACUGUGCAAAAUACAAUGAAUCGCACGCGCAUCUACGUUUUCCUCGGUUCGGCGAGCUCACUGGUCGACUUUAUGCUCUCCAUGGAAACGGCUAAUUUGUUCCUCAAAGGUGAAUACAUGGUCAUCUUUGUCGAUAUGAUGCCCUACACACCAAAAGAAGCCGAAAAGUAUUUACGCAAACCGGACCAUGUUGAGGCCAUGAAGGUCUGUCACGAAACGGAGAGCUUCAAGCAGUUGGCGCGCAGUUUGCUAGUCGUGGCCUCCACGCCACCCACGGACAGUUAUGAAGAAUUCACGGCCAAAGUGCGUCAGUACAAUGCCAGGAAGCCGUUCGAUUUUCUUGUGCCAUCGUUAUUUUACCAUAAUAAAUAUCUUAAGUUUGUUUCUAUAUAUGCCGCUUACCUCUAUGAUUCCGUUAAGCUCUAUGCCUGGGCGUUGGACAAACUGCUGCGCCAGGAGGAGCGCAUACUAACGGAUGAUGUGAUAUACGAUGUAGCUAGUAAUGGAUCUAGAAUAAUUGAGACUAUUAUCAAAAAUCGUACUUACAGAAGUAUCACUGGUGCAACCAUAAAAAUAGACCAGAAUGGCGAUUCCGAGGGAAAUUUCUCAGUACUGGCCUACAAGCCGCACAAGCACUAUUUCAAUGACAAUGUGUCCUGCAACUCGCAUAUGGUGCCCGUGGCAUAUUUCCAGCAAGGGGAAGAUAUUCCAGAAUACAAACUCAUCAAUGGCUCUGUGCGCGUUGAUUGGCCCUCGGGCGGUGAUCGUCCCUUCGACGAGCCGAUGUGUGGUUUCGCUAAUGAGCUGUGCAAAAAGGAUGAUCGACAUAUUACAUCCGUGGUGGCGGCUGGGGUGCUUGGUUUGCUGCUAUUCUGUGCUGGUGUCAUCACAAUGAGCAUUUAUCGAAAGUGGAAAAUCGAGUUGGAAAUCGAGGGUCUCUUGUGGAAAAUUGAUAUAUCGGAAAUAAAGGGGUACUCGGGCAAUGAUAUUGUCGCAUCGCCAAGUAAGUUGAGUUUAGUGAGUGCCCAAUCGUUUGGUUCGCGUUGCUCAAAUCAAGUAUUCACCUCGACGGCGCGCUUACGUGGCGCGGUCGUUCGCAUCAAGGAGCUGAAGUUCCCCCGCAAGAGGGACAUUUCGCGCGAGAUAAUGAAGGAAAUGCGUUUGUUGCGCGAACUACGCCAUGAUAAUAUAAAUAGCUUUAUUGGGGCUUGUGUGGAGCCGACCCGUAUACUACUAGUCACCGAUUAUUGUGCCAAGGGCAGCCUCUAUGAUAUAAUCGAGAAUGAGGACAUUAAGUUGGACGAUCUGUUUAUCGCGUCGCUCAUACACGAUCUGAUUAAGGGCAUGAUUUACAUACACAAUUCGCAGCUGAUGUAUCACGGAAAUCUGAAAUCGUCCAACUGUGUGGUUACCUCGCGUUGGAUGCUGCAAGUGGCCGACUUUGGUUUGCACGAGCUGAGAAAUUGUGCGGAAAGUGAGUCCAUUGGCGAGCACCAGCACUAUAGAAAUCAAUUUUGGAAAGCGCCUGAGCUGUUACGCAAUCCACACUUGUAUGGCACUCAAAAAGGAGAUGUUUAUGCAUUUGCCAUAAUUAUGUACGAAAUAGUGAGUCGGAAAGGUCCAUUCGGUCAGGUAGCCUACGAGCCAAAGGAAAUCGUUGAUCGAGUGAAGGAGCUACCAUUGGCCGGUAGCAUACCGUUUCGUCCUGAACUGGAAUGCAUAAGAGAACACGAGUUGUGUCCCGACUAUGUGCUUGAUUGUAUUAAAGAUUGCUGGAGCGAGGAUCCUGAGAUUAGACCUGAUUUUCCAACUAUACGCAAUCGCUUGAAGAAAAUGCGUGGUGGAAAGACGAAGAAUAUAAUGGAUCAGAUGAUGGAAAUGAUGGAGAAAUAUGCCAACAACUUGGAGGAAAUCGUUACCGACCGUACUCGUAUGUUGUGUGAGGAGAAGCGUAAAACCGAGGACUUGCUGCACCGCAUGCUACCGCGCACUGUGGCGGAGAAGCUAACAAUGGGUCAAGGCGUCGAACCGGUAUCAUACGAUCUGGUCACUAUCUACUUUAGUGACAUUGUAGGCUUUACUGCAAUGUCAGCGGAGAGUACACCACUGCAAGUGGUGAAUUUCUUAAACGAUCUCUACACGGUAUUCGAUCGCAUUAUUCGUGGCUACGAUGUGUACAAAGUGGAAACCAUAGGCGACGCUUACAUGGUCGUCUCUGGACUGCCAAUCAAGAAUGGCGAUCGACACGCCGGCGAAAUUGCUUCGAUGGCGCUAGAUCUGCUGCAUGCGGUCAAACAGCAUCGCAUAGCACAUCGACCUAACGAAACGCUCAAAUUGCGCAUCGGCAUUCACACUGGUCCCGUGGUUGCCGGUGUGGUGGGUCUAACAAUGCCACGCUAUUGUCUGUUCGGUGAUACAGUUAACACCGCGUCGCGUAUGGAGUCCAAUGGCGAGGCAUUAAAAAUACACAUAUCAGGUAAAUGUAAGGAGGCGCUUGACAAGCUUGGUGGCUAUGUGACUGAGAAGCGUGGACUUGUGUCGAUGAAGGGUAAGGGUGAUGUAGUCACGUACUGGUUAACAGACGCCACAGAAAAGGCUAUACAAAGGAAAGAGGUAGAUAUGACUGAUAUGCCACCGCCGCUGUUCUGUCGACCGCGCAAAAGUCCGAAGUUGAAUAGUGAUUCGCGCCAACCGAGCAUCGUGGGAAUGCACUUCUACGGUGGUGGCUCUCGGCGCACUUCAAUGGUGCCACGCACCGAUAUCGAGUCUAAUUAUAGCCUACAAGGUUCCACAUAUCACGUGGCGCGCGAUUCGCCGCACUUGUCGUCACGUCGUUACGAUCGGCCGUCACUGAAUGGCAUUGGCGGCAACAGCAUACCAGAGCGCAUGAGUUACUAUGGCGGCUAUGGUGGCGCGGGGACUGGUGGUAAUAGAAGUGGGAGUGUCGGUGAGACUUGCACGCUGCUUGAGUCGGCGCAUGCAUCGCACAACACGCUGGAGCAUUCCGAAGACGAAACGAACUGUGAUAAUGAGUGCGUGAAUGGUUAUGGUGAUGGUAAUAGCGCAGUCAAUAGUAGCGUAGUUGGUGACGUUGGCGGCAUUGGUAUAACAAGCAUCGUGGGUAGUGCGCUGCUGGUAGGUGCACUCCGCGCGCCACAUUCCGUUGCAAGCUCGCCCAGCCACAAGCCACUUGCCUUGGUGCGUCCACAUCGUCGCAUUAUUAGCGAAAAGCUGCCCUCCUCCGUCUCUAUACAGGAGUUUGGUGAUAUUAGCAGACACCCCACCGUCGCUCAAACUAUUUUACUGCGCGAGACGCGCUCCCUUGAUCCCAUGCCUAUGCAGCUGCGUAAACGUAACGAGCCCGUCAAACUACCGCCGUCCAAAUUGUCGAAAAACAACUCGCGCUCCUUGGAUGCUGUAGCAGCGCUCGGCAUAAGGGAGACCAAGACCACCAAAUUCGAAAACGCUAAUGUAAAUGGCCUCGCAGACGGUGAAGUGGAUAAUAUGAGCCGCACGGCGUUCGAUGAUGUCAACGUGGAUACAGAACCGAAUAAUUUGCAUGGCGAUGACUACGACGACGAUGUUGGUCUACUAAUGCGAGACAAUGGUGGCUUUCGCUACGGUCAUAGUAGUGGUCUACAGCCAAGCAUAGUGCCCGUCGCAUCCACGCUACUAAACCGCCGGCGUAGUAGCAGCCACGUUUCCACUACUGCCGGUGGCGGUAGUACCGUAAGCGGCGGGACUAGCGGUAGUGUCUUACUACCGUAUAAGCAUCUCAAUAACAACUGCAACGGCGGCAUGACCAUCGAAGAGGACGUCCAGUCGCCACUACUGCAACGACAGACGUCCCUCACUAGUCCACCCGACGAAAUAUUGGCGCUUACAAAGCGUUGGCGUUCACUAGAAGCACUAGAGCACACCACUAUCGAAGCCCUCACUACACCGGCGAACGCCAAUAGUGGACGGAGCGCUGGUGGCAUGGGACAUACUGGUCAUAACAGCGUUAGCUACGCACCGGAUAUCGACGGCAGUCAUGCCUCAGGCUCAGCGGCAGCAGGUAGCACACCGACGACGCGCAACGGCAGCACAUUCACGACAUGGCUAUGGCGCAUCAUUCAAGGCAACGGCAAGCGUUCGAACGAGGCGUCGCUGCGGCGCGUAAAGCCAAGUGGCGUGCAUGCGCCGCACGUGUUUAAUGACAUGCCGACGACGGCGGCGUUAACGCGCGAUCGUGAGAGUAUCGUGUAGUGCACGCAGCAAACGGAAAGUGUACAAAGAACUAACGGUUUGAGUAUUGUGUAAUAUUGUAACUGUCAGCGUGCAUAAAUAUAUAUUAUAUAUGCAAAAGUUUUGCAAAAAAAAAAAUGCAUGAACUUUGCGACAUGCCACAGCCGUCACGCUACGCUGUUUUCCAAAAUUAAAAAAAUUACUUAUUAAUUUAUUUAUUUCCUGCAUAAAUUUACGCAAUGACGCAAUUGAAAGCAGCAUGUUGGAAAAAUCGUUUGUAAAAAUUCUAACGGUUUAAGUGGCGUAUAAAUUUGUACGCGCUUAUGAACUACGAAGCGAAAUAAGACGCGAGCGUGCGGCUCUCGUGGCAACUGACAACUGAAGGUGUGUGACACAAUGCAGUUGCAAAAGAAAAAUUAAUAGAGUUACUCUCAGGAAAAUAACGUUUUUCUAACAAAAAUAUUUUUUUUUUUUUAUUGGCAAAUUGUAUGUUACUUGUCUUGCAGAUUUAUUCAAAGUCACGCUGUAAUUCAACAACAAAAAACUCUCCAAUUUUGCUUAUUAAAAAUGUUUUGAUACACAAUAUUACAACACCGUUAUUUUUACAUUCGAUAUUGUUGCACAGCAAUUGCACAUACUCAAAAUUGCAACAAAAACAAAAGUGUAAAUAAAGCGCAAACGAAAUAAAUGGAAGCAAUCUGUUGCGUUUGUUUUUAGCUAAACAAUAUGCAUACAUAUUUCUAUUUAUAACUGUGGGCGCACCGUCAUUAACAGAUUUUGAAAAUAUUUUCGAUUUGCAUUGCUACUUGUAUAUACAUAAUGUAAUUACUAUUUAAAUUCACUGUAAACAAUUUGGAGAAUUUAAAAAUGCUUAAAUGUAGUAUUUGAUCUCAAACAGUACACGUAGCACACUACCUACAUGCAUAUGUGUGUUUAUACAUAUAUAUAUGCACAAUAUAUAUUUAUAGCACUGUGUCUAACGCAAAACCGCUUAACAAUUGGAACCCUACAAAGAACACAAUUUAAAAGAAAAGCAGAAACUAAAAUUAAUUGCAAAAAUAAAUAUUAAAUAUACAAAAUUACAGCUUUUCCAACUGUAUUUCACAAAAGCGCACAUGUUUAUAAAUGGUUUAGUGAAAAUGUAUAUAAAAAUCAGGGGUGUUGUGGAAUCCAAGACAGAUUUGCGUAGUUGUCAGAAUUGCAAAACAAUUUCAAUGGGGAUUUUCAAUGGUGUCACAGAAUCUGAUUGGAUUUUCGUUUUUUCGUACAUAAGCAAAACCAACAUAUGAAUCAGCUGUUUACUAUUGUGACAAAACUUGCAAAUGAAUAAAUUUGAAAGCGUUUGAUAAAUUUGAAAGAUUAAAUACACGCUACUAAAGUUUACAAUGAAUUUCGCUAUUUUAGCUUUUAUUUUAGUGUAAGAAAAAAACAAAGAAAAAAUUUAAGCGAAGAUAUUAAAAGAUCACAUUAAUCCAUUUGAUGCACCAGGCGUGUCGCAUGUGAAAUUUGGCUUGCAUUUACUUGUAUGUUUGUAGACAUGGUUACUUUACAGUUUUAUAUCACAUUAUCGAAUGAAUAAAGACGGGUUUUUUGUGUUAAAUUGCGUUUAUUACGUCUUGUGAAAGACUCUUAAAAUUACUGGAUUGUUUCUGUCAACUCAAUAACUAUGACAUUUUGUAUUUUAUUAUUAUGUUUUUCACUAUAGAAAUAACGAUAAAUUAAAUCGUAACAAUUAUAUAAAUUAUAUUCUUAACUUACAUUUCAAAUAUAUCAGCGAAUAUCUUCUUGUUUUGCUUCUGAUAACAAAACCGAUAAAAUUGUUUUCCGUGACAGCCAAAACUGAUACAAUUUCUGUUUCAAAUCAAUAAUAACUGAAUUCAUGCCACCUACUACAUAUUGUUUUUUUUUUAUCGGUUUCAAUGCUAUUUCCGACAACUAUCAAAUUCUACAACACCCCUAAAUGUAUUUUUGUUGUAUUAAUUGUUGUAAUUGUUUGCAUACAAUGAUUUGUGCUUAAGCUUACUAUGGAGUGCUUACAACUGAGUUUACGUUUACAUAAAGUAACAAAACGCUGCGUUUAAGAAAAACGGUUGGCAAAGCGUUAAUUUUAUUAGAAAUAAUUUCAAUGUACAUAUCUAGUCAGCCGACACCAGACUAGUUUUGGUAAAAAUUAUUUGAAAAUUAAAGUGAAACUUAGAUAAAAAAAUAUUAAUUUUGCAAAACAAACAGCAAAAAUUGCAAUGUUGCAAAUGCAACUAAGCAUAAAUUAAUUGCAUAUGCAUGCGUAAUAACUAAAACAAAAAAAAAAUUAUUUAUACAAACUCUGCUUUACAUGUAUUUGUGCACAUAUAUAUAUUUUGUGAGAGCAAUGCAACUUGUUUAACGCAAAUGGGUGUAUAACUAAAAUUGUCAACGUGGCACUUGCACUUUGUGGCAGCGCGCAAUGUUUUGUAUAUUCGUUGUAAGCUGCAAAAUUUAUAAGACUUCUACACCAAACAAAAUACACUUUAAUCAAAAAACAAAAAAAAAAAGGAAACUACAUUUUAAGAGCAGUGC